UAAAAUUGAAAUCCUGUACAAUAAUAAUAUGGCACUUAAUCCACAAUACGAGGACAUUGCAACGGAAUUUGUUCAGCAAUAUUAUGGAAUUUUUGACGAUCAGGAGAAUCGCGAUAAAGUGAUUAAUUUCUACAGUGCAACAGAGUCUUUUAUGACCUUCGAGGGAGACAAAAUACAGGGAGCGCCAAAAAUUCUUGAAAAGGUUCAGAGCCUGGGUUUUGAAAAUAUCAGGCGUGUUAUCAACACGGUCGACUCGCAACCCACAUUCGAUGGAGGUGUUCUUAUCAAGGUGCUUGGAUGUCUACAGUGCGAUGAUGAUCCUGUAAUUGGCUUCUCUCAGGUAUUUGUGCUAAAAGUCAAUGAACCCACAGGUAGCUAUUUCAUAGCUCAUGAUAUCUUUCGACUUGACAUACACAACUCUGCUUGAGCAGCCUCUGGAUUCAGCUGAAGAGCAUUCAAGAAGAAUUCUUUCUCAAGUCAAUCAAACAUAAUUUUAUUAUAUUUUUAUGACAUAAAAAAAAAACAAAUUAAAAAAUUAAAAUAUUAAGUAA